AUGAUUUCAGUUCCAUGUCUACAAACUCAUUUUGAGUGGAAAGACGUGCUGAGUGUAGAUUCAGUGCACGAGAUAAGCAUUCCAGUGGUUUCCCUUCGAUAUAGUAGUUGAGUGAUUCUGCUUCACUGUCGACCAAGUGAUUCGUAGGUAUUAUUUUUCCCGCAUAUUGAUUAUAUUACCAAUGAAUUUUUUCCUUAUUUUCUUAAUUUAUUUGAAGCUUACGCAAUAGGCAAAGAAGCGUCUUAUAUUGGACCAAAAUAUACUGUUCCAGUUAGUAGUGAUUUUGAUGCGGAUCGUCUUGCCAAAGAGAUAAGCAUUUUAGAACCUAUCAUGAAAUCUAAUCUCUGGGAACAUCGAUUAAUCGAAAGCUUGCGGAACGGUACGAAUGAUAAAGUCAAGGAAUUGCAAGAAGAAUUGGAGAUAAGUACUGGAGAAACGAAAACAACUAUCGCUGAGUUUGUGAAGUGUCUGUUCAAUACGUCUGAAGUCUACUACCGACCGACAAUUUACAGAACCAUUUCUCAUUACCUCCAUGAAUUGUAUAAGUCAUAUGGGUAUUUCAUCAUUACAUUUGAGGAUAAACCUCUCUGGAUGAAAUCGCUAGACGAUGCGCACCUAUUCAAUGCCAGCAUUGAUGACCAACCGCCAGAUUUCAGAGUUUGUGAUAGUCUUCUGUCGAUUGAACGCACUGAAAGAAUAAAUGAACUGCGUGAAGACAUAAGAAGGUUCAGCGUUUUGAAUCUUAAUUAUAAGAUAACUGGUGAAAUCAAUUCAUUGUUUGAUAACGUGAAGACAAAUAUGAAGAAUAAUGUCACGCUACCGUAAAAGAAAUGAAAUACAGUCAUGCGUGUGAGAUGGACAUAUUCAUUCAACUGUUUUCACGAAUCAUUUGAAGACAACAUGCUUUUUCUUUUCUCUUUCACUUAAUUAAACUUUAGUAUUCAUAGUUAUUGGUAGUCGUAGUAGUAGUAGUAGUAGUAGUAGUAGUAGUAGUAGUAGU